AUGAGGGAUGGCAUUGUCCUGCAAGAAGGUCCCAUUACGGAUUUCUCGCCUUUAGCUGCCAUGACAUCGUCUGGCGUCGCCUUCCUCUACACCGGCAUUUUCGUCUACUCCUGCCUCUGCAUAACUAUAGGGUUCAAGAUAGCCCACUCGAAAUGGAAAAACAAGGAUAUCAUGGGCAUGCCGCCGCAGGCCACCUUUAUCCUCGCCGGCGUCUGCUUCACGCUCUUCUUCGUCGUAUUCCUCGUGCCCGUCUUCAUCGUGUGUCUCGUAUACACAGCAGCCCACGGGCACGCGUGCAAAAGCCGCAGCCGCCGCAGCGAUGGCACAACAGCCUCGCGUCCGCGUCGCAAUCGAUUGAGGUAUCUCAACCUGUGGGAUCUUAGUUCCAACCUGAGCUCGAGCGGUAGCAGCUCCGACGAUAGCUUCAGCGACAAUGCUAGCGAAGCCUCGCUUUCUUCCCACGGAACGGCCCCGCCGCACUAUAACCAACACCGCAGAGAUACCCGGGUCGAUCUCGAGACCGAGGCUGCCCGCCCCGAAACACCCCCGCCGGCGUAUUUCCCCCCAGAUCGUAUUGCGGGGGAGACGCUCACGGACGGGUGCGAUCGGUGGUCGAGAACGACCUACACUUUACGAGAAUCGGAACUACCAUGA